AUGGGAAACAACAGUUCCCACAAGAGGACCAAAGUGCCCAAGCAGGCCCGCAAGGAGAGCCCACCUGACAUGGACAAGGCCUGGCAGAAACAGCAGUUCUUCAACCACCUCAAGUGGAAGAAGCCGAGUACCAAGAUCGUGCUGCUUUUCCCCCUGGACAAGCGGCAGCAGCUAGCCGAGGCGACGGCAGGCCCCGGCGCGCGGCCCAGGCGGCCGGGUGAGGACGCGGCGGGCGCCCCCGUGGGCUCCCAGGCGGCGGCGCCCACGUUGCAAGGUGCAGGCGACGGCGCUGAGCGGCGGGAGGGCGCGCGUGGGAGGAGGGGCGCCGCGUGGCGGGUGGGCCCGGGGGCGGGCCCGGCGCAGGGGGGCGGGGCCAAGGCCGCGCAUGGUUGGCAGUGGCUCAACGCCCGUCUGCUGACCGAGAGCAAGGCGGGCGGCUACGCGACCCUGCCUAGGAGCAGCCGAGCAAGCGGCGCCGCGGCCCUCGCCCGCGGCACUGAGUGCCUGGCCCGGACCUCCGGACCACAGUCCAUACCAAUAAAGAGCGCAUAG